ACGUCUAAACCACAACAUGCAUAUAAAUUAACCUCCCUUCAACGGUAAUUGUUCCGAAAACCUUUGUCGCUGCGAGCCCUUCUCUUUUCUCGCUUCCAAUUCUAUUGAGACCCUCAAAAGGAAAAACCUCCUCCUAAAAUCUCAAUAGAAAUACUUUUCUUCAAAGCUUCUUUGGACAGCAGCGGCGGAGUUCCCUCACCUUCCUCUUGUUAAUACUGAACAACGCAAAGUCCAAUCAUCUAUAAAUCACGUCAACUGCGGUGCUUUUGGCAUGAUACCUUUUCUCUUUUUCAUUACCCAUAUUCAAUCUUUGAAAUUUUAACACCUACACUCACUGCUACAAUACUUUUACCUUCAAUCUACCUUCAUUAUGAAGUUCACAAACGCAAUCGCUCUCGCUAUCUUGGCUGCUACCGCCGCCGCCGUCGCCGUUCCUGAGCCAUGGUGCGGAAGGUAAGAUAUUCCUUUUUCCCCGUCGAUAUAUCUGUUACAGGAACAUUAUGCUAACAUAAACUUUUAGACCCGGUCAACUAUGCAAGCGUACUCCUCUCGCUGAGGCCGAGGCCGAAGCUUGGUGCGGACGCCCUGGUCGACCUUGCCGCAAGACCAAGCGUGCUGCUGAAGCUUUAGCUGAGGCUUUCGCCGAGCCAGCCGCUGAGGCCUAUGUUGAUGAGGCCGUCAUCAAGAGAUGCAACAUGGUUGGUGGUGCUUGCUUCGAGGCUAAGAGACUCGCUAGAGAUCUUGCUGAGGCUACUGCUGAGACCAAGAGGGAUGCUGAUGCUUUCCUCGAGGGACUCAACAUUGAAUCCCGUGAGGGUAAGAUAUAAUUUUUCUAUUCUCCCUUUCUUCCUACACUCUCCCUAUACUCUUGUCAAGAAAUAUCUGCUAACAUAAUCCCUAGUUUCGGAGAUCGUCGCUCGCGAGGCAGAGGCCUGGUGUGGACGCCCCGGACAACCAUGCAAGCGCAACGCUGAAGCCGAAUGCGGACGCCCCGGCCAAUCCUGCAAAGAGAAGCGAAAAGCCGACCCCGAAGCUGAAGCCUGGUGUGGAAGUCCCGGUCAACCUUGCCGUGCCGUUCGUCGUGCCGCCGAAGCUAUGGCUGAGGCGCUCGCUGAGCCAACCGCUGAGGCAUGGUGCGGACCUUGUCGCAAGGCUAAGAGAGAUGCAUUCGCUUUGGCUUAUGCUGCUAAUGUUGCGCUUGCACAAUUGUAAGUGGUUACCUACAUACCAUUGCGGGAUUUGCGCCAAAACUCGAAUGGAUGAAAUGCUGCCUAUGGAUUUCCGUCUCGUUUCUUCAACUUUCUAGUCGAUAGAUUACUUUACAUCACGGCGAUUCAGCCACGUAUUUCUUAGACGCACCUUCGACUCACUUUGUUGCAUUUCUUUCUUUUCGUCUCGUUCGGUACAUACACGAGCAGACCACAGAUAGCGCUAGACUUUUGCGCCUACAUACACAAGAACUUCGAUUCAUGUUCCUUUUUACAUUACAAAUUUUGGCACUCUGGAUUUUUACUCUAUAAAAGAAUGAUACAAUUUUUUUUCACUUCGCCGUCAUAUUUUUUAUGGAUAGGCAGAUAUCACUUUUGGGAUAUCAUUCAACACAACAUGGCUUUUGGGAUCUUUAAAAGUAAAGCAAGCAUGGCAAAAGCAUGGGCCAAAAAAA